GAGCCAUGUGGAGAAAAGUGAAGCUACGAAUGGUUUUGGAAGGGACUGAGGGGCUUUUACGGGUCUGUCAUGGAUCUAGACUUACAGCUGCACCUUCCCGCUCUUCCAGCAGUAGUCCAGAACUCGGUCCAGAACAAUCGGAAGAGCUCGUACAGCACUACCUACUGGCAAUGAGACUUGUCCCGUCUGCAGUUGUGGUGGUGACAACGGGCGAUGGUUCUCUGAAGAGAGGUGUCACGUGCAGCUCUUUUACCAGUGUAUCUCUCCAUCCUCCUAUCAUCUCCUUCACCAUGCAACUACACAGUCGCAUGCACAGACUCCUGCAGUCGACUCAGAGAUUUGCUGCCAACGUCUUAUCAGAGCAACAGGCCAACUAUAGUGUCCACUUCUCAAGACCUUUUCAAGACAGCAGUGAUGUCUGUCAGUUUGACUCCAUUCCGCACCACUCCUCGGGACACUUGGGUGUUCCUAUACUCAACGACUGCUCCUCAGUACUGCAGUGUUCCACACACGACAUGCACACAGUUGGGGACCAUCACGUGUGGUAUGGAAAGGUUCUUCACGCCUCACAGAAUGAUACACCACCACUGCUGUAUUAUGACAGAUCUUAUAGGUCUAUUGGAGAUGAAACAUUUAUAAGAGCCUUUGAGACUGCAACUCUCGGAUACGAGGAGUGGACACACGAGGUUUUCAGCUACCUAACAUACCAAUUACACGACUCCUUUGCCACCUCUCUUUUUCCUCCUCCAUUUCUUUCCUAUGUUCCUCUUUACUCCCACCUCUCUUCCUCACCCCCCCUCUCUCUCUAUUUAGGCUCACUUGAGAAUGGCCUGGAACUACCUGACUCUCCACGGGAAAGAUAAAGCCACACCCAUAAUCCGGCAGGGGAUCAGGAACUACAUUGACCAGAACUAUGGGAAGGUGAAGAACGUGUACAACGAGACAAUCACUAUGUUCUUCAUCCACAUGGUCCACACUGCAAUAGAGCUGACAAACAGCAGCUGCAGGACAUUUGAGGAGUUUCUGGAGGCCUGUCCUCACCUUUCUGACCCCCAGCUUCUCUCCCACCACUACUCCCUGUCCAGAGUCCAUUCCAGCGAGGCCAGGAAUGACUGGCUGGAACCAGAUCUAAAACCUCUUCCAUGAUGUUAUUUCAUUGAUAAAAUGACCAGUGAAUAUAUUAUAAAUACACAUUUCCCAAGCAAUAUAUACAAGAGUAUUCCAGAUUGCACAGUCUUUCAUUGGUUUUUAUAACGUCUUGCGCAACAUUGAGAAAUCUUGAGAUCUGCAACGAGCUCCCUAUCAUUAGCAGAGAGUCCAUAAUUAUCGAGUUACGGCUUUUCUUUGACUGAGGAAAGAGUCUCCACCUCAACCUGUGACAGAGAAACCACACACAGACUGUUUUACACUCCACUGCACUAUAUACAUAGCUAACCUCCAGCUCAGC